AUGGUCGAAGCGAUUAGAAGUGUUUAUAAGCAGCAAAACAAUCAUACAUUGCCUUCAAUUUAUAAUGAUAAUGAUGAACCACCAUAUUAUAUUCAACCAAUUGAUAUGACUCGACGAGCGUUGAAUCAAAAACAUGAUCUUCAGAGAAAGAAUCUUUUAUUGGUUAAUUUUAAUCAACAUACUGAUGGAAGAGGAUUUCGUCAACAGAUUUGGACACAUAUGUGCCCGAAAAAUAAUCGAGCUCCAUUUAUAACAUGUUUAUAUAAGUCACCUAGUUUCGAUAUGUCAUAUAUUUCAGAUAUCUAUGCACGAAAUCGUCAAUAUUUAUUUUGGUUAUCACCACGUGGAAAUGGAAUUGAUUGUUAUCGUACAUGGGAAGCGUUGUAUCUUGAUGCAAUACCGAUUGUUUGGAACUCAUCAUUGACUAUUCUCUAUGAACAUUUGCCUGUUGUAAUUAUUCAAAAUUAUACAGACAUCAACGGAACAUUUUUACGCGAGAAACUACAUGAAAUAUCAAUGAAGAAAUAUUUUCGAAUGAAUCAAGUGUAUCGAUUUGAAAAAUUACGAAAUGCAUAUUGGUGCCGAUUGAUUUUGAAUAAAUCAAGACAUUCAUUGAAAAAUAACAAUAUACGAAUCAAUCGAUGUUGGCGAGCUAGAAUCUCAAGGAAGUCCUUUCUAUUCUCGCUGUUUUCAUAAGAAAGAGAAACUGAUAAAUUAUAUGAAAAUGUGUCAUUGAAUUCUGUUCUCAUUUCGAAUCAUCUCACAUCGUUUGUACUAUUUUCGUUUGAUCCAAAUAAAUGAACAACAAAGAUAAAUAUUAUCAUACUGAGACAAUCGUAUUAAUAAUAUCAAAAAUUUCCUAAUAUAAAUUGUACAGAAAGUUUCAAGGGUGGGGUGUGGGUGUGAAUGUGGGAUGGGUGUGGCUGUGGGUGUGGGUGUGGGGUGUAGGUGUGGGUGUGGGUGUGGAUUCAAAGACAAUAAACACACCCUCACACCCACACCCUCCCCAUUACAGACAGACCCUCAUUACAGACACCCCCAUUGCAGCCUUUAGUAAUUAAGAAUAACAGGCGCCAGAUGUUCUAGUUUCUUUGAAAGAUUGAUCAAGUUAUAAUUUUGAAAGAUAAUCAACAUCGUUGUUUGAGUUGAUUAAUGUAUAUAUAUAUGAUAGCGCAUAAGAUCUUCUAUAAAUAUCAUGGAUAUGUAAUACAGAUUUAUUUGCCAAUUAAUUUAAUGAUUAUAAUGAUAAGAAUGUUGAAUUAUGAAAAACGAAUUUAAAAAAACAUAAAAGAUAAUGAGCGAAUAGUAACAAUGCAAAAUAAAAAUAGGGUGCCUGUAGAAAAAAAAUUUCUGUUUGAAAUGCAGAAAUUAGAAAGAUUCUUAGUCUGAUUUUCGAUUAUCCUACAAAACAACUACUUAGGGCAAACCAAAAGUUCGUAGAACGGUUUUAAAUAACCUUAUCGGAUAAGGUAACCUAUUCAGAAAUGAAAAACCAAAUAUACCAUGUUGUAGAGUUUUUUGAGGCGCGUCGAAUGGUAUAUAAUAAAUCCUGUUUUCAUAAGACUUUGAAGGAACUAGAGUUAAUUUACUGAUAGACAACUAUGCACCCAUACUCACACCAUCACCUAAGUAUGAUAGGUUACUGAAUAUUGUGGUCCUUGGAAUUAGUCGAAAGUAUUUGUAAAAUAUUUUUUCUCAUAUACGAUUUUGCAGAGUUUUUGACGGGCUACAACCUCAUAUAUGUAGCAUCUCCGGUCAUCUUGUCAGUGUGGGAAUGAGUGGAUGUGAGUGUGGGUGUGUAGUCGUCUAUCAGUAAAUUGACUCUAGUUCCUUCAAAGUCUUAUGAAAACAGGAUUUAUUAUAUACCAUUUGACGCGCCUCAAAAAGCUCUACAACAUGAUAUAUUUGGUUUUUCAUUUUUGAAUACGUUAUCUUAUCCGACAAGGUUCUUUAAAACCGUUCUACGAACUUUUGGUUUGCCCUAAGUAUAGUCUACGAGAUGUUUCUCAUUUUACAUAUUGUAUAUUAGUUUAAUGAGGCUAGAGAGCAUAUGUGAGUUUCACAUUUCAGCUCCAAAGGGGUCGCACUAACAAGCUUCGUUAGCUCUUACUUUAUUUUCAUUUCCCUUCUUCUUUUUCUCUCUUCCGUGUGUAUGUAUAAAUAGCUCUGCUCGCAUAUCGUUUAUUAAUCAUUUCCGACCCACUUUCCUCUUCCUUUCCUGUUUGUACUAUUUUCCUUUUCCAAAGAUAUGAAAUAAUAAACGAUAAACAUAUUAACAUUCUGUCAUAAAGUUGAAAAUAAUUUCCUUUCAUUUUAAAAGUUCACAAGCCAUAAUCUAGAGUUGGAGGACAUACUCUUCAUCAUGUCAAAGAGAAUAAUAUCUUCGCUUUUAUCAUUUUUUACGAGAAAAUCUAUCUAUUACCGAUGUAUAUUAUGAGUGGUGAUAGAACAACAGUAGAAAUGAUAAUGUAAAUUCGAAUUAAAAUAUAAUGUGUUUUUCCUUUUAGUAACUAAUAUAUCUUUGUUUACUAGUGGUUACUUUCUUUUUAUUGGUUAUUUUUCUGACUACUCUAGCAGAGUAGCGAUAUCCAACUUAAGUUGAUUUGAGGAUUACGUUAUCCGAAAAGCUUUUCUCUUUGAAUUCAACAGUACUUGUUACUGCAAUUCGGUUUAUUAUCCUGAAGAUGAAAAGUUAAUAACGUCAUCAGUAAUAAAGAAAUAGCAACUCAAUGACAGUCACGGCAUCUCAAGGAACAAUGAAAAUAAUAAGUCGUAAAAACACGUUAUUAAUCUUUCUUUCUCUCACUUUCUAUCUGUUUUUAUUAGCAUUCGCUCGACUUAAAAUAUUAUUUUUAAUUUUGAAAAAAACAAAAUCUUUUUCUAAUAUAAAAACCCGAAUCAUGAUCUCAAAAAUUUUCAUAGAGAUCUUGCUUGUUACUACAAACUGUACUAGUAUUUAUAACUAAUUAGAAACGAUCGAGUAUGAUUCCAAUACUAAUUGUAUAAAUGUUUACUACGUCGUUCUCUUUUCUUAUUAACAUAUUUUUCUUUAAGCUAUUCGCAGAUUAACACUUGUUUAUUUCUUAUCUAACAUCAUUAAAUCAUACAAAUAUUUAAAAAAAUUUUUCUAAGAAUCAGACUGAAAUUAUAGCAUAAGAACAUUCUCGAAGAACACAUUAAAUUUUUUAUAUAAGGUUACUAGAUUUUAACUUGAUUAUCAUUAUAAUGGCUUUUUUUUACAAUAAAUCAUACCUUUUAAGUUUCAUAAGACAUUUGAUUUACAUUUUAGACUAUAAAGAUAAAAUCUACGAUUUUUUUUGAACAUUUUCCUACACAUCUAAUCUGAGUAUUGACCGAAAAACAAAAAACAAUAAUCUGUGUAUUAUAUCGUCUAUUUACAAAGUAGUAUUUCAAAGUAAACACAUUCAUAUCAACAAUCAGUUUAAAUCUCUCUUUCAUUUGAUAACAUUCUCUUCUUUCGUUGCCAUGUCAUCAAAUGUUACUACAUACCACACCACUACGUCGACCGUUACCACUCUCGUGGACGAGAGUUAUUUGUCACGGAUAACCAAAUCCUCCAUACUUCUUACUGGACAGAUAGUAUCAAUUCCCUGCUAUCUGUUUAUUUUAUAUCAUCUUGUCGCAACACAAACAGCUCGACAAUUAGUAUACAAUCAUGUCGUAUUUGUCGUAAUGAUUCUUAACUUUCUAAUUGUUACCUAUGAUUUGGGAAUGCUGAUAAACUUUUCUCAACAAGGGAUCGUUAGUCCAGCAACAGUCGUUGUCUGUUUCAUGUGGCAAUAUAUCGAUUACAUGUGUUACAAUUUAGGCAUCCUUCUCAUUUUAUGGGCAUCGAUCGAACGACACAUUCUCAUCUUUUCGCAACAUUUGGUUAAUAGUUUCCGUCGGCGACUUGUGUUUCAUUACUUGCCUAUUGCAGCUCUAAUCAUAUAUACGGGUAUAUUUUACAUAUAUGUUGUCUUUCUCUAUCCAUGUGACAAAACUCCCGUUCCUACACGUCAAUAUUGUGGACGUCCAUGCUACAUAAAUGUAGGUGUGGCAGCACUAGUAUAUUACGAAUCAUUCGCUCAUCAAAUUUGUCCAAUAUUUCUGACUGCUUUCUUCAGUGGUCUUUUAUUGUUUCGUAUCGUCCGACAAAAACAACGUGUUCAACAAGUCAUACGAUGGCGUCAGUUUCGAAAAAUGACUAUACAACUCAUCUACAUUACAUGUAUUCAUGUUGUCUUUGCACUCCCAUAUAUUAUUGUUGUUCUUAUCAAUUGGACAGGCUUUCCUACAGUCGGAGUAAACAUACGAAGAUAUUAUCUCGAUCCACUUAGCUAUUUUAUCUCUAUUCUUCUACCAUUUGCUAUUCUCCUAUCGUUACCCGAUUUGAAAGAAAAAUUGAAAAUAUUAUUUAUUUGUCGUCGUCGUCGACAAAUGCUUGUUCCAGUCACAAGAACAGUUGUCGGUAACACAUUGAUGAAUUAGACUCAUUGUUCUUACCCUGAAAAUAGUUACGAUUAACUUUAUUUGGAUCGAGUUUUUAUAUGUUUUUGAAUAUUGUUUUCUUAUAAAUCUAGCACACUCUUUUAGUUAUUUAUUCUGGAUAUCAAAACAAUAGUUUUUUUUGAAAAAAAAGUAGAUCUAGUUAUUGAAAGAGUAAUACGAAAUUGCACAUCCACUUUAUAUCAUAGCUGCAGUGAUUUCAAACAUUAUAAUAAUAAAAAUAAUUGUAGUAAAUAUGAGUAGAACUUAGUUUUUUGAAUAUCCAUUCCUAUAUUUGUUCUCUAAAGUCAAAAUUCUUAGUUCCGAUUCUAGAUAGAAAAAAAAAGCAAGAGUCGUCAAAUAGUGAGAACUAAUUAAGUGACGAACACUACUGUCCAUUACAUACAUUCUAUUUCUAUUAAAGUUAAUAUUCGAAACAUGCCUAACUGAUGGAGUAAAAUACUGUCUCAAAUGAUGAAUAUAUCGUAUAGAAGUAAAAUCUAUAAUGAACAUAUGAUAUCAAAUAUGCACUCUACUUGAAGAAAUUGUUUUUUCACUCUGUGUUGUAUU